CUUGAUUGUUGUGCGCAGCUUUGUCCUCUAAGCCCUGACCAAAUGCGGGCAGAAUUUGGGACAGAGUAGCCAAUCAAAAGGCUUAAACCUCACCUCUCUUGGCACAAUGGAAUAUGCCAAGAGAAAGCAGAAGGGUACUUAAGAGACAGCACCGGACCUUUUUCUCUUUUCAUUCCUCUCUCUCCCCUCACUCUCUAAAAUAUGGCCAAAGUUGACGAAGCUGGUCCAGCUGCACCAAAGUAUGAAGCUGAGCAACAGACCAGAGAAGUUCCGCCACCACCAUAUAUAUCACAGGAGCCACCCAAGGCACCACCACCAGGCGUGGCAUCUCCUAACACUGUACCACUCGAUCACUUGGGAGCGGAAUCUAGUAACGUCCAUUGCCCAGAGUGCGGCUAUACCGGACCCUCCGAGGUCAAGCACAAAGUUGGAGGCGCCACAAUUCUAUCCAUUGCCGGCCUUUUCUUCCUUGGAUGUACCGUGUUUGGAUGCUGCCUGUUGCCACUUUGUAUCUCAGGCUUGAAGGAUGCUGAACACCGCUGUCCUCGAUGUCGCAAUGAGCUGGCGACUUACGCAAGACUUGAACGUCGCACAAUGACGGGACGUCCACAUUAAAUUCAUAGAUUUAGUCAAGGUCGACAUCCAAAACCCACCUUCACAUUCCCUCAAUAUACCGCUUGUUUAUCUCUCCCUCCGUACAAACCCUAUCAUAUGAAGCAAUCAUGUAUUGUUUAUGUUGUAUUAUCACUACCCUUUCCUAAUAAACUCUUCCGAACUGCCAUAACAUGGUAUGCA